AUGGGUGGAAUAGGUAAAACUACACUUGCUAGAGUUGUAUAUGACUGGCUAUCAGAUCAAUAUGAAGGUUCUUGCUUUCUUGCCAAUGUUAGAGAAGUCUCUCAAAAUAGAGGUCUAAUUUGUUUACAAGAACAGCUUCUGUCAGAGGUUUUGCUGGUUCUUGAUGAUGUUGAUAAACAAGAACAACUAAAAGCAUUGGUUGCUGCACCUAAUUGGUUUGUAUCUGGGAGUAGAAUCAUCAUUACAACAAGAGAUGAACAUUUGCUAAUUAGCCAUGGAGUCCAAUAUAUAUAUAAGGUUGGAGGAUUGGAUCAUGAUGAAGCUAACGAGCUCUUACAAAUGAAGGCUUUCAAACAUAAACAACCUACACAUGAACAUUUUGAGAUGUCAAAGCAUGUCAUAAACUACACACAAGGCCUUCCGUUAGCUUUUGUAGUUGUGGGAUCAUUUUUGUGUGACAGAAGUGUUGACAAAUGGAAAAGCGCCUUGGAUAGGCUAAAAGAACAUCCUGAUGAAGAAAUUUUGAGAGUACUUAGAAUAAGUUACGAUGGACUAAAGAACACAGAAAAGCAAAUAUUCUUAUAUAUAGCAUGCUUCUUGAAAGGGAGGGAUAAAGGUCGAGUAAUGGAAAUACUAGAUGCUUGUGGGUUUUACCCUGAUAUUGUGAUGAGACCCCGCUAG